AUUGCCUUUGUCCACCUAUAAAGCCACUAAUAUUAAUCUUGCCAGAACAACAAACUACAAACACUGAUAUACACACCCCUCAAGCCUUAUCAUUUACUUCUUCAAUUCAUUCUCUUUAGAUAUUCAAAUCCAUGGAACUUUUCUCAACCCAAACCCUUCUAAUUCUCUUCCUCUCCUUUCUCACCUUUCUCUACCUCCACAACCGAAACCCCAAAACUAGACCCCCGGGCUUCAAAGCCUACCCUCUCGUGGGCUCACUUCCUGACUUCCUCCUCAACCGCCAUCGCUUCCUCGACUGGACCACAGACGUCCUCCGCAACUGCCCCACCCACUCCGCCGUUUUUCGCCGCCCCGGUAAGGUCCACGGUAUCAUCACAGCCAACCCAGACAACGUCGAGCACAUCCUCAAGACCAAUUUUCAUAACUACCCCAAAGGUGAACGCUUCAACUACCUCCUCCGAGACUUCCUCGGCCAAGGAAUCUUCAACUCCGACGGCGAUCUCUGGAAACUUCAACGCAAAACUGCAAGCUACGAGUUCAACACCAAAUCGCUUCGAAACUUCGCCAUCCAAAACGUCACCGUCGAGAUCCAAACCAGGCUCAUUCCGUUGCUCCAAAGAGCUUCCAAAUCUGAAUCCGUCCUCGACUUGCAGGACGUUCUUGAGCGAUUCGCGUUUGACAACAUUUGCAAGCUAGCCUUCAACGUCGACCCGGCCUGCCUAGACGGAGGCUCUGGCGAUGCCGCGGUCGGCGCUGAAUUCAUGCGCGCGUUCGAGGACGCGGCCACACUCAGCUCCGGGAGGUUUAUGAGCGUAUUUGGGUGGGUAUGGGAGCUCAAGAAGUUUCUCAACGUUGGAAGUGAAAGGAAGCUUAGGGAAUCAAUCUGCACCGUACACGCGUUCGCUGAUAAUAUCAUACGGUCCAGAAUGGAAGCAAAGGACCCCCACAACGAUGACAUGGACCUUUUAUCGCGGUUCAUGGCCGAAGAGGAGAACUCCCCUGAGUUUCUACGCGACAUUGUUAUAAGCUUCAUUUUGGCGGGGCGCGAUACGACGUCAUCUGCGCUGAGUUGGUUCUUUUGGAUUCUCUCUUCAAGGCCUGACGUCAAGGAUAAGAUAAUCAAAGAAAUCGAAACCGUUCGUGCGUCGUGCGAAAAGCGUGAUUACGGGGAGGCAUCGUUUGGGUACGAAGAGUUGAAGGAGUUGAAGUACUUACACGCCGCGAUUACGGAAUCAAUGAGGUUGUACCCUCCCGUUCAUGUCGACACGAUGGCGUGCUUGAACGACGACGUUUUGCCGGAUGGUACAGGGAUUAAGAAGAAUUGGUUUGUGACUUAUCAUACUUACGCGAUGGGGAGGAUGGAGAGUAUUUGGGGGAGUGAUUGCGUAGAAUUUAAACCGGAAAGGUGGUUUGAUGAGGAGGGUGGGGUUUUUCGAACCGAAAGCCCGUUUAGGUAUCCGGUUUUUCAUGCCGGAGCGAGGAUGUGUUUGGGAAAGGAGAUGGCUUAUAUUCAAAUGAAGUCUAUUGUGGCAGCUGCGAUGGAGAGGUUUGAGAUCGACGCUGUGGAUAAGGACACGUGUCCGGAGCAACAUAUGUCAUUGACCUUGAGGAUCAAAGGUGGGUUGCCAGUGCGAGUGAGGCCAAGGGAGUGCGUGAUGUCAACUGCGUGAGAAAAUAAUUCAUUACUUAACGCUAAAUAUAGAUAUUUUAACAUGAAAUCGUUAAAGAGGAAUAUUAGGACCAGCAACUUUUGUAAUUUAUAACUAUUAAAUAGUUAUUAAUGAUGGUUUUAAUGGUGUGAGAUUGGUGUGAGAUUUCAUCCAA